UCAACCAGUUACUGUUGCAGCAGGUCUACGUGUAAGAUUGAUGUGGGGUUUCUGAUUUCAUCUUAAAAUAGCUGCUGAAAUGACUAGAGGAGGCCCUUGCCUGCCGGCUAGGUACGUUUUCACAUUCUUGGCAUCUGCCAGUCUUGCAAUCAUCUAUGGCUUAAAAGUCAACUUGAGCGUGGCUAUUGUCGUGAUGGUCAACAGUACAGCUCUAAGCGAGAUGGCAUUAACACACGAUAGCCAUAAUAACGAUACCCAUUUGAACGAGAGUAGCAAUUCGGAAUUUGCUUGCCCAGCAAAUACAAACACAAACCAGACGGAUUCCGCUCAAGAUGGCCCGUUUCCAUGGCCAGAACCGAUCCAAGGAUUGAUACUUGGCGCAUAUUUUUGGGGCUACAUUGUGACUCAAAUUCCCGGCGGAAGAAUGGCCGAAAUGUUUUCAGCCAAAUGGGUCGUCUGGGCUGCUGUGUUUGUCAACGUACUGUUUACCCUUUUGACACCUGUGGCUGCCAAUAUCAGUUACAUCGCCGUGUUGGUCGUCCGUUUCAUCGAAGGAUUGGGCGCCGGAGUUUCUAUGCCGGCCCUUCAAGUCUUGUUGUCUAAAUGGGCACCGCCAAACGAGCGCAACAAAAUAUCUUCUCUCGUCUACGCUGGAAUGUCAUUGGGGACUGUUAUUGCCCUUCCGUUCUCUGGAAUUUUGGCGGAAAAAUUCGGCUGGGAGUCGGUUUUCUACGUUCAAGGUGGACUAGGGUCCAUUUGGUGUAUCUUGUGGAUCUUACUCGUGUUUGACUCGCCCAAAGAUCAUCCACGCAUCCAUCCGGCUGAGCGAAAUCUCUUCGAAAAAUGCAUGGGAAAUGGUGGUGCUAAACGUCCGAACUUACCCGUACCAUGGAAGGCCAUUGCGACUUCAGUUCCGUUCUGGGCCCUUCUAGUUGCGCACAUGUGCAAUAAUUUCGGAUGGUAUAUGUUACUCGUUGAAUUACCAACUUACAUGAAGCACAUCCUUCGUUUCAACAUUGGCAAAAACUCUCUGUUGUCCGCCGUACCUUACCUUUGCCUGUGGGUGUUCAGUAUCAUUUGGAGUAACUUGAUGGAUUACAGCAAAAACAAGAAAUGGAUCAACACUACGUCCGUCCGGAAGCUGUCUACAGCUGUCGCUUCGUUACUUCCGGCGUUAUGUUUCAUUGGUGUUAGCUUGGCCGGAUGCGACCGAAUUACCGCUGUAGUCCUCAUGUCUCUCGGCACCAUGUUCAUGGCUGCCAUGUAUUGUGGCAUACUGGCUAAUCCUACAGACUUGGCAUCCAACUACGCCGGAACUUUGCUCGCCCUCACCAACACGGCCGCUACUAUUCCGGGUUUCAUCGUGCCCGUCUUUGUCGGCGCCCUCACUCACGGAAAUCAAACCGUCCAUUCGUGGCAGAUUGUCUUCUUCACGACGGCCGCUAUUUUGUUGGUGGAAUUGAUUGUCUUUACACUAUUCAGCUCUGCGGAAGAACAACCGUGGAAUCAAGCAUAUACUACCGGAGCAGGAGCUAAGGGACGGCCUCGCGCAGCUGAGACCCAACAACUGAACAAACGAACCCGUGUCUAGUUGGAACGAUAAGAAAUACAACAUCCAACCUCUUU